CACCUGACCUAAACAGACCAAUGACAAUUCAAUAUUUCCAUCCCCCCUCAUUCCCUCUCGUUCUCUCUGUUUACCUCCAGUCGCCAUUUCCUAUUAACUCUUCAACCGUGACCGCAGCCAUUAAUUCACUUCAGAAGACGAAGAUCUUUCCUCCUCCAUAAAUUCACGCCAAAAUACCUGUUGAUUGGAAUUAACCUGUAUUGUUUUGGACACAUUGUCGUUUUUUAAAGCCACACAUUGUAUCAAAGAAGUGUCUGCUGUUUCUAUGGAUCUAUAUUUGGAAUUACUGUGAAGCAUUUCCUUUGACCAAGUUAAUUAUGCUGAUUAAAAUCGCAGUCGAUGGAAAUAGAGGAAGCGAAAUAUUUGUUAUGAAUUAAAUAUAAAGCCAGGUAGAGCAAGAACAACAAAACACCUGUGUAUUGUGGUGAGAAACAAAAAAAAAAUAUGGAAAAUGAUUUGUGUGAGGAGAAAAUUAAAUGUGAACAAGAAUGGAAUUCGGUGGAAUUACCUGAUGAGAUGCCAGAGGAUAGAAGAGAAACUUCAUACACCUGUGAGGUGUGUUAUAAGACAUUCAAUCAAAAGACAGAUCUAACUACACACAGACAGACUCAUACAGGAGAGAAACCAUAUCACUGUGAUAUUUGUGGUAAAUCAUUUUUUGAAAGAAGUUCUUUAAAUACUCAUGCGUGUGUCAAUGCAGAAAAGAGAUCAUAUCAGUGUGAUAUCUGUGGUAAAUCAUUCUCUACAGCAAGUCAUUUAACUACACACAAGCGGACUCAUACAGGGGAGAGGCCCUACCCAUGUGAUAUCUGUGGCAAAGCGUUCUCUAAAACUAGCCACUUGAGCAGACACAAAUAUAUUCAUACAGGAGAGAAGCCGUAUGAGUGUGAUAUCUGUGGUAAAUUAUUUACGGUGAUAAGUAAUUUGAGUAGGCAUAAACGUAUUCAUACGGGAGAGAAACCACAUCACUGUGAUAUCUGUGGUAGAUUGUUUUCUGAAAGAGGUAACUUAACUAGACACAAACGUAUUCAUACUGGAGAGAAGCCAUAUUUUUGUGAUAUCUGUGGUAAAUCAUUUACUUUAGAUAGUGACCUGACACGACACAGACGCAUUCAUACUGGGGAGAAACCAUAUUGCUGUGACACCUGUGGUAAAUCAUUCUCUCGAAAUGAUGACUUAGUUAUACACAAACGUAUUCAUACAGGAGAGAAGCCAUUUCACUGUGUUACUUGUGGAAAAUCAUUCUCUGAAAGAGGUAGAUUUACUAAACACAAACGUAUUCAUACAGGAGAGAAGCCAUAUCACUGCGAUAUCUGUGGUGUAUCAUUCUCUGAGAUUAAUUCCCUUAAUAAGCACAAGCUUGUUCAUACGGGAGAGAAGCCAUAUCACUCUGAUAUCGAUGGUAAAUCAUUCUCUCAAAAUGAAGACUUAAUGUCACGUCCAUUCAUUCAUUCAAGAGAAAGACCAUACCACUGUGAUAUCUGUGGUAAAUCGUUUGCAAAGGUCAGUUACAUAACUACACACAAACGUGUUCAUACAGGAGAGAAACCCCACCGCUGUGAUAUUUGUGGUAAAUCAUUCUCCGAAGGAAGCGGCUUGGUUAUACACAAACGAAUUCAUACAGGAGAGAAACCUUAUCAUUGUGAUAUCUGUGGUAGAUUAUUCUCUCAAAUCAGUCGGUUAACCAGACACAAACGCAUUCAUACAGGCGAGAAACCAUAUCAGUGUGAUAUCUGUGGUAAAUCAUUCUCCUUAAUCACGACCUUAACGAAGCACAAUCAUAUUCAUACAGGUGAGAAGCCAUAUCAUUGCGACAUUUGUGGUAAAUUCUUUUCUCUACUUGGUAGCUUAACUACUCACAAACGUAGUCACACGGGAGAGAAACCAUAUCAUUGUGAUGUCUGUGGUAAAUAUUUCUCUGUAAUAAGUAACUUAACUAAACACAAGCGUAUUCAUACAGGUGAGAAACCACAUCACUGUGAUAUCUGUAAUAAAUCAUUCUCUCAGAAAGGGCACUUGAUUACGCAUCAGUAUAUACAUACAGGUGAGAAACCAUAUCAGUGUGAGAUGUGUGGGAAAUCUUUUGCUUCUGGAAGUCACUUAACGAAGCACUAUCGUAUUCACACAGGUGAGAAACCAUACCUCUGCAAUAUCUGUGGUAGAUCUUUCGCAGCAAGUAGCACUUUAAAUGUUCAUAAAAAUACUCAUACAGGUAAGAAGUCAUGCCACUAUGGGAGGUCGUCCUCUGUAAGAAGUGCCCUGACUAAGCACAAAUGUAUUAAUAAUACAGGUGAGAAACCGUUUCACUGCGAUGCCUGCGGGAAAUCAUUCUCUGCGGGAACUACCUUAACUACGCAUAAACGUAUUCACACAGGUGAGAGACCUUAUGAUUGUGAUAUCUGUGGUAAAUCAUUCUCACAAAAAGAAAACUUAAUCAAUCAUAAACGUGUUCACACAGGAGAGAAGCCAUAUCACUGUGAUAUCUGUGGUAAGUCUUUCUCUGAAGGCGGCAGCUUAACUAAACACAAGCGAGAGAAACUGUAUCACUGUAAUAUCUGUGGUUAA